UAAAGAUUGGCGUGAAACUAAAGUUACGUAAGCAGCAGUAGUACUAAAAUUCGAAUGAAGCAAGAAUUUUUGACCCAAAAGGAGACCAGCACACUCUAGCCACCACACCUACAAACUUGGCUUUAAUCCCACACAGAUGCAGAGUCCAAAUGAAAAUAAAACCCCAGCUUCAGCCUACUUCAUACUUAGAUACGAACAAAGAGGAGAUAAGACCGUAUAUUCAAACGAAACAAAUCGACUUUAAGACCAACUCAAUCACAGCCCGGAACCCUCAUCUUUCCCUAUAAAUAGCAAGCCAAACCUGCGAUUUUAUUCAUCAACACCUACGGCAUAUAUACAUAUAUACGUAUAUAUAUAUAUAUAUAUAUAUACUUUUAUUCGACCCUUCGUUUUAGCCCAAACCAAGCCCUGAAAAUACUUCUCAAACCUUCCCCCUUCGUGAGACGAAUCCAACGGAGAAAGAAUCGUUGGAAACGGUCGUGAAACGAGGGAGAAAAGCUUCGCCGGAGUUUCGUCGGGCAAACUUUCACGACGGGAAACGGAGAAGAGGGAGGAACUGCCGCUGCCGCCAACCCAUCACCGACCUUCGCCGUCCCAUAAGGAGUGCACCGCCACCGUCAUUGGCCGCGUCCGUCGAGGUGAUUAUCUAGAGACCGGAUUAGAGGAAGAUAACUAGGAGCAUCAGGACUUAAGAUGAUGAGUUGGAUACCUAUGUGGAUUGAUGGAUUGCUCGAGCUUGAGUGCGAAUUAGAAGAUGCCUUAGUUAAAUCUAGUCAUGAAACAAACAUUUACUUAUUAUUACAUUAGUUUUUGUUGUUUUACUUUGAGUUGCCUGUGCAUUCGGUUAAGAGAUGACCGAAUGUGGCGGUAACACCCAUUCCCCUUUUAGACUUCCGCUGUAUUUCUUCAAUUCUUUGAUGAAUGAAUAAAGUAUUUCUUUUAAAUAUAUCAAUGUUUUGGGCGGGAAAUUUAGGGGUGUUACAAAUUGGUAUCAGAGCCUUAGGUUUUCCGAAGGGACUAGAACACGAGGUAAUAGGUCGUAGGGAGAAAUUCUGUCACAAAGACGAUAACAGUCUAAGCUAGUUGGUGCAUAAUUGAGCCCUGCGCUCGUCCAACUAACUGAGAAUUUCUCCUUGUGCUGAAACUUCGUCGUUCGAAAUCUUUGACGAAAACUAUAGUUUUGAUGCGGGGAUUUUCAAAAGGUUUUUGUAAAAUUAGGAGAAUGAAUAUACUAGGAAAAAGACCUUUUAGGACGCGGUGAGAAGGAGAAACCUUUGCGAAAUUAUUGAGUUAUGAAAUGCAUGAAAUUCGUGCUUAUGUGAAGUAUGUGGAGUAAGUAAGAUCCUUCGUAUGUGUUUAUCUGUUUGAAUUUAGUAGAGAACUUGUAUAAUGUAGAAGCCUUAUGAAUGCCUUAGUACUUAGUACUCGAUUUCUGUAUUAAGAAUCAUGCCGCCGAGGAGAGACCCACAUUCAACCCCAACUGUCGCGGAGCAGGCCCAAACUGUCCAGCAAAUGGCGCAGCUCAUAGGAGCAGCCCAACCCCAGAACCCUGGGAUUGACUACGCAACAAGGGUUGCCGGGCGAAACCCUCCAAAAUACUUGGGUGAGGAAGACCACCUUAUCUUGGAGGACUGGAUCCGCACUUUCGACAAGCUCUUUGAUUCACUGAAUUGCCCGUCGGAGCAACGGGUGAAUAUUGCGGUGUACUAUCUGCACCAAGAAGCGGACCACUGGUGGGCCGCCAACGGACUAGCACUUCUCGGGCAACCGGGCUUCGAUUGGGAGGACUUCAUAGUAGCGUUGCGGGAUCGCUUCUACCCAGAUCACGUGAAGGAAGCAAAUUAUGAAGAAUUUGUCAACUUUAAACAAGGUGACCUGACUGUUCAUGAGUACCACACGAAAUUCGUUCAACUGGCACGUUUUGCCAAGGACCUGGUGUCGACAGAGGCCAGUAUGACCCGCAGGUUUGUUAACGGGCUUAACUUCGGGGCCCAAAAGUUCGUGACGGUAGCAGAGCCGCAGAAUUUGAAUGAGGCUUAUAGAAAGGCUGGUAAGUACUACCUGGUACACCAGAAGGAAAGGGAGGCACACAAAAGAGACCGAAAGAAUGCGGAAGUGGAGCAGCAACAGAAGAAGGCCAAGAUUGAUCGCCCUGAGCAGCGCCAGAACAACCAAGGCGGAGGAAGAUUCCAAGGUCAAAAUCAAAGGAGGGAUCGUGAGAGGCACUAUUACUGCAAGCGUUGUAAUAGAGAUCACCCAGGCGUAAAUUGUGACGGAAGUCAAACCAAAUGUUUCAAUUGCGACAAGCUAGGACACCGAGCUUUUGAAUGCAAUUCCAAAAAGGCGGACAUACCGGCAAACCCGAAUCAGAGGAGUGAUAGAAACAAUGACAACAACCCCAAUAGAGGUCGAAUCUACGUGAUGAAUCAAACUCAGGCAAACGCUCACAAUCUCGACUCAGGUAAUAUUCUUGUUACGAGGACGUAACCUCUCGUUAAGGUGGGUAAAAUGUAAUACUUUAGAAUUUUGAAAUUUAACUUUAGUUUAUGUUUCGGGACGAAACAUCUUUUAAGGAGGGUAGAAUGUGACACUUCAAAAAUUUAAAUAAAAAUAAAAAUAAUUUUAAUUAGUCAGAUAAAAUAUUAAGAAAAUAACAUUUUUAUAAUUAAUUAAGUCAGACAAAAAUUCAAUAGUUGUGACAUUCUAACCAGAUAAAAAUUUCCAAGCUUACGACGUUUUAGUCAGAUAAAAAUGUUCCGAUAAUAGAAGUAACAUUUUAUAACAAGUACUGGUGAUACAUAUAACAUAAGUAAUAAAAAUUAUUUUUGUAAUAAUAAUAAUAAAUUACAGAAAAUAAAACUUGACUUCCCUAAUCCUAAUACACUAUUAAAAAUAAUACGAGUAAAAGAUAAAUGCACCAGUGCAUUACACCCUUAAAUAAUAUUCUUAGUUUACGUAAUAUUAACAAUAAUACCAAAAAUGGCUUACAAACUAAAGAUUGGCGUGAAACUAAAGUUACGUAAGCAGCAGUAGUACUAAAAUUCGAAUGAAGCAAGAAUUUUUGACCCAAAAGGAGACCAGCACACUCUAGCCACCACACCUACAAACUUGGCUUUAAUCCCACACAGAUGCAGAGUCCAAAUGAAAAUAAAACCCCAGCUUCAGCCUACUUCAUACUUAGAUACGAACAAAGAGGAGAUAAGACCGUAUAUUCAAACGAAACAAAUCGACUUUAAGACCAACUCAAUCACAGCCCGGAACCCUCAUCUUUCCCUAUAAAUAGCAAGCCAAACCUGCGAUUUUAUUCAUCAACACCUACGGCAUAUAUACAUAUAUACGUAUAUAUAUAUAUACUUUUUUUCGACCCUUCGUUUUAGCCCAAACCAAGCCCUGAAAAUACUUCUCAAACCUUCCCCCUUCGUGAGACGAAUCCAACGGAGAAAGAAUCGUUGGAAACGGUCGUGAAACGAGGGAGAAAAGCUUUGCCGGAGUUUCGCCGGGCAAACUUUCACGACGGGAAACGGAGAAGAGGGAGGAACUGCCGCUGCCGCCAACCCAUCACCGACCUUCGCCGUCCCAUAAGGAGUGCACCGCCACCGUCAUUGGCCGCGUCCGUCGAGGUGAUUAUCUAGAGACCGGAUUAGAGGAAGAUAACUAGGAGCAUCAGGACUUAAGGUGAUGAGUUGGAUACCUAUGUGGAUUGAUGGAUUGCUCGAGCUUGAGUGCGAAUUAGAAGAUGCCUUAGUUAAAUCUAGUCAUGAAACAAACAUUUACUUAUUAUUACAUUAGUUUUUGUUGUUUUACUUUGAGUUGCCUGUGCAUUCGGUUAAGAGAUGACCGAAUGUGGCGGUAACACCCAUUCCCCUUUUAGACUUCCGCUGUAUUUCUUCAAUUCUUUGAUGAAUGAAUAAAGUAUUUCUUUUAAAUAUAUCAAUGUUUUGGGCGGGAAAUUUAGGGGUGUUACACUCUACCCGACAACACAAGCAAAAGUGUGGGGGAAUUCGUGAAGAAAAACAUUUUUUCACGUUUCGGUGUGCCCCGUACCAUCAUAAGUGACAAUGGCACACAUUUCAAGAAUGCCCACUUUUCUGGCUUGCUAAAGAAAUAUGGGUGCAAUUUCCGAACCGGGGCAGCCUAUCAUCCACAAACCAAUGGGCAAGUUGAAGUAUCCAACCGAGAGAUUAAAUCAAUUCUAGAGAAAACAGUCACCACCUCUAGAAAAGAUUGGGCAUUAAAAUUAGAUGAUGCGCUAUGGGCAUACCGGACGGCUUACAAAACACCGUUGGGUAUGUCGCCAUACCGGCUUGUUUAUGGGAAGUCAUGCCAUCUUCCCGUAGAACUUGAACACAAAGCACAGUGGGCACUCUCCAAGCUAAAUCUUGAGCCUGCAUUCUCAAGGGAGAGGAGGAUGUUCCAAAUGGCAGAACUUGAAGAACUCCGAAGGGAUGCAUAUGAGAAUUCCCGUAUCUACAAGGAAAGGGCAAAAGCUUGGCAUGACAAAAACAUCAACCGAAGGGAUUUCUACGUCGGCCAAAAGGUACUACUCUUCAACUCUAGACUUCGCCUUUUUCCCGGAAAGCUAAAAACCCGAUGGUCGGGACCAUUCACAAUCACUGAGGUCCGACCAUACGGCUCAAUGAUGAUUCAAAAUGGUGAUCAAACACCAUUUCUUGUAAAUGGUCACCGACUUAAGCCAUACAUGGAGUACCAUAACACCUUGGCAACCACCACUUGCCAAUUGAAGGACUAAAAAGGUACGUUGCGUCCGGCCUAUGACGUUAAACUGAGCGCUAAUUGGGAGGCAACCCAACAACAAAAAAAUCAAUUAUAAAUAAGGAUGUUUGGUCAUGCAUAUUCAUUUUUAUCUAUAAAUUGAAUAAAAAUCAAUUAUAAAUAAAUCUGUUUAUAAACAUUCACAUUUAUUUAUAAUUGAAACAAAAAAAAAUAUAAAAUUUUCAAGGACCGGCGCCGGUCGGCCACAUAACCGGCGCCGUACGAUUCCAGAGACUUUAGGGUGUUGGCGUUCACGCGUAACCGGCGCCGGACACCCUACAACCGGCGCCGGUCGGGCCGGUUAAAAUCAUAAUCAGGUCGCAUCUCAGACCUCAUUUUCGAACCCUUCCCCCAAACUUUGAGAACCCUUCGCCGGAAAACACCCCCAAACGCCCAAAUCCGCCCGCCAAAGCCAAAAAUCACUCUUAGGAGCUCGGAUUCAACAUCAAACAUCACUUCUCAAUCUUCUUCGCCCCUAUUUGAACAUCAAUUCAAGGUAUUUUAGCUUUAAUCCCAAUUUUCUCUAAUUUUUGAAAUCUUUUAUUUCUUUAAAUUUUUGGCAAAAUAGAUGAUUAUCAUUGAUGAAAAUUGUUUUCAUAUGCUCAUUUGAUGUAUAUAACCUUGUUUGUUGCCAAAAAUUUUGAGAUUAAAGUUCAACAUUAGGGGAAGUUCUUGAAAAAAAAAAUCUAAAAACCCUAAUUUCGAAUUUCUUGUUCAUUGAUGAAUUGCUCUAUAUAAUUGAUGUUUAGAAGCAUAUUGAUAUGAUUUAUUGUUGAUAUAUAGUCUUCUAAACAUAAUUAUUGAAAGAAAUUUGUGUAUGAACAUGAGAU